AGGUAUUGGUAUGAGUAGUUCAGUAGUGAGCUCUGAGCUGUCAGAUGGAACUUUGAAAACAUUGAUUAUCUAUUUCUAUUCCUAAAUGUUGAUCUUACGUUAACUUGAAGAUUAGCAGGUGUACAAGAUUUUAUUUAAUGAUCGGAAUGAGAUAUAUUGUUUUUAGAAAUAGUUAAAAUACGUUUUACUUGUUAAAAUUGUGAUUCUUUAACCUUCUCUUUGGGUGUAAUAAACAAGUAGUCUUUGCAAACUUAGAGGCUGUGAAUUUUCAAUGAAUUUGUGCUUCCCUAAUUAUUGUAAAAUAGCAGGAUCAAAAUGCCAAGUUCGAAUCUUUAUGCCAUUAACAAUGAAGGCAGAGUAUUUGCACUCUCAACUACUGGCACAAUGUGGAGAGAGUUUAUGUACUUGGGUCUUGAAUUCAAACAAUUAUCUGCAGUGCCUCACUUUAUGUGGGCAAUAGGUGGCGAUCGACAAGUGUAUGUUCAUGUGCACGGCCUAGACAUCCCUAUAAGAAUUAAGGAAGAAACUUUUGAAAAUGAACGGUGGCUACCUUUAGAAGGAUUCAGUGGUAGACUCUUACCAACGGAUAGAUAUCAUUUUUCAAAUCAAGAUGGUUCAGUUGAUCGUAGUCGUGACAAAGUUAAAUUGCCAUCUAUGGCAUGGCAAUGGGAAGGAGAUUGGCAUAUUGAAACAACUUUAGAUGGUCAACCACUAGAUCAUGAUGGAUGGACCUAUGCAGUAGACUUUCCAGCUACAUACACUACCACAAAACAGUGGAAGUCUUGUGUUAGGAGAAGAAAAUGGGUUCGGUAUCGGCGAUACAGUGCUAUGAACUCUUGGUGUGCAAUUGCUCCUCUACAUAAAGAUGCAACAAAAGAGCCAUUUAUAGAUGUUUCUAUAGGAGGAAACCAAAUGUCUGGGGGAAAUCCUGGAGGGUUAAUAGUUUGGGCAGUAACUGCAUAUGGAAGAGUCAUGUUCAGAGUUGGUGUCAGUACAACUUCUCCAGAAGGGCUAAGGUGGAGCGCAAUAAAACUACCAACUGGAGAUGAGGCAUCUCAAGUUAGUGUUGGAGUAACAGGGCUUGUGUGGCUAACGCUAUUAAAUGGAAAAGCAUUGGUGAGGACAGGAGUAACAAGAGAAAAUCCAAUGGGAGAUGAAUGGGUUGAAGUAGAACCACCACAAUCAGAAUUAAGACUAUCUCAAGUCAGUGUUGGAAUGGAUGCAGUUUGGGCUGUAACUCAUGAAGGAACAGUUUGGUUUAGAAAAGGCAUCAAAGGUGAGAUGGGUGGAAUUUGUGAACAAUUGGCUGUUGGAACUGGUUGGGUAGAAAUGUCUACAAAAAUGAUCACAGUUUCUGUUGCUUCAAAUGAUCAGGUUUGGGCUAUUGGACAUGAAGACAGAUGUUUAUACUAUCGUAGCGGUAUUACACGAUCCGAGUUAACAGGAAAAAAAUGGAGACCAAUAAAUGCACCUUUUCAACUAAGUAGAGCAAGCAGUAAUGCUAGUUUAUCAUCCAGUAACAGGCACAGUAUAUGUGGCACUCCUCAACAGCAAAGACAUCAAGCAUACGGUUCUUUGCAAAAUCAACGACCUGUAAGUACCAGUGAAGCUUUAAUUCGAGAAUGGGAAGACCAAUCAAGAUCUGCACCGACGCCGACAUCUUUAAAACUUUUUCAAAAACACAAUGAAUCACUUGAAAAUAAUAUGCAGAAGACUUCCAAAACAGGAUUGCAUCAAAGUGAAAGUACAAGUUCUGGAGGUUCUACAGAAAUAAAUGAAUUUAAUGAAAAUAAUGUAGCCAACAUAACCAUAUCUAAUGAAACUUUAAAUAAAAGUGGUGAAUCAAUAGUUGUAUCUGGAAAAGGAAUGAGUAGUACAGUGAAGGUUAAUCCUGGAUCAUGGAGUCCUGUUCAUUCUGUUGGAUCAGUAGUUGGUGCUGAGGCCCAUCCAGAAACUGAUGGAAGCGUAUUUGAUCCUGAUUUAACUGGUGAUUCUGGCGUGUUUGGAGAAGACGAAAGUGCUGCUGCUAUAUAUUGGGCUGAAUGUGAAAUGCUUUGGUGCAAAGUAGAGGCAGGAGCUUGUUUGGUUGACCUAAAUAAUCCACCAAAAUGGAUAACAGACGGAAAUGGAUCGAGUCAGGGUGAAAUAGCUGAACCUUGGAGGAUUCGCAUUUUAGAAGAAUUAAAAAAUAGAAUUAAAGGACUUGAUUUUGAUCUCUCGUUGUGCGAAAAAGCUAUUGAAAAAUCGUCGUGGGUCAAGAAUGGCGAAGCCAAGUGCAAGUUAAAAGGUUCUUCUACAUAUGAAGACUGUGUUGUUGAGUUAGAAUGGAUAAGCAGUGAUAGUGGAUCACUGGAUUCUGGUACUUUGACCAUAUUGAAUCCGGAUGGUGCAACGACUUUAGUCCAGUUUCCUAUAUCGGAAAUAGUUUGUGUUGUUUGCUGUAGUGAACCAGGUAGUCCUCGUUUAGCCAUUUACACGCCACGUUUGACAAACUGUAAAAUAUUAAGACUACAAUUUGGUAGUGAUACAGAAUUAGAAGACUGGAUUGCUCAUCUUACAUCUGUAUCUUGCCAAAUAAAUAAUGCUUAUGGACAACCUAGCCCAAAAGCUGUUUGGGCUACCACUGCCCUAGGAGAUGUAUUUGUAUAUGAUCCUGUUCUAACGGAGGAAAAUCAGUAUACAGAUGGACUGUACACUCAAGAAUUAGAUACAGCUGGAAAAAGUUUGCCAUUUGAAAGUAUACUCCAAAACGGCUUCGGUCCUGGUAGCUCUUUGCGAGUUUCAGUAUGUAUUCACGACGACGCGGACAGGAUAUCGCUCAACCUCGUUUGUCAUUCUGUCACUAUUAACAAGUACAAGCAAAGUGUAGAUACGAAUGAUGUAGCUUUCCAUUUCAACCCACGAUUAAAUGAAAGCAUAAUUGUUAGAAAUACUUAUCAAAAUAAUCAAUGGGGCGAUGAAGAAAGAGAGGGUGAUAGUCCACUUCGAUCUGGCUCAAAUUUUACGUUGAUAAUAAAUUGCGAGGAUCGAGGGUAUAGAGUUUUCAUAAAUAACAAUGAGUUUACUUUUUACAAUCACAGGUUACCUCCACAAAAUAUUACUCAUUUACGUAUUAAAGGAAAAUUGACAUUAUGCAGUCUACUUUACAAAUCAAAAACUGUGAUUAUUGAACCAAUAGCAAUGUUUUGGCGACAAAUAGGAGGUCACUUAAAGAAAGUGGAAACGUGUAAUUCAGGUGUGACAUGGGGUAUUGGUUACGAUAAUACUGCCUGGGUUUAUACUGGAGGAUGGGGUGGUACUUUCUUGAAAGGAUUAGAUUUUAGUAACAACGGCGUAAAUACAAUGGUUGAUACUCACAAUUAUUUUGUUUAUGAAAAUCAGCGCUGGAAUCCAGUGACUGGUUAUACAUCCCACGGCCUACCUACAGAUAGAUAUAUGUGGAGCGACGCAUCUGGUCGCCACAAACGCACACGAGAAAAUACAAAAUUAUUAUCUUGCCAUUGGCAAUGGGUUUCCGAGUGGAUAUUGGAUUUCCAUACACCUGGUGGCGUGGAUCGCGAUGGCUGGCAAUACGCAACAGAUUUUCCUUCACAAUAUCAUGGGAAGAAACACUUCACGGAUUACGUGAGGCGACGCCGGUGGUUCAGAAGAUGCCAACUUACGACUAGUGGUCCUUGGAAGGAAUUAGGAAAUACAAAAUUGGUUGAUGUUUCUUUACAUACCUCUGAUGAUCCACAUUCAGAUUCUCCUGUUCAUGUUUGGGCAGUGGCUGCAAAUGGUGAAGCAUUAUUCAGAAGAGGUGUUUCAGAAUGUUGUUCCACGGGUGUUUCAUGGGAACAUAUUCCCAGUGAUCAGGCGUUAGUAAGCAUUUCAAUUGGCCCAAAAGGACAGGUUUGGGCUGUUGGAAAAAACGGAUCAUCAUAUUGGAGAUUUGGAAUUUCUGAUAUCAAGCCUGCAGGAGAGUCCUGGCAAAAUGUAGAACCUCCAUCUGGAUCUCAUUUAAAACAAAUCGCCGUUGGCUCUAAUGUUGUAUGGGCUCUAGAUACUUCAGGAAAAAUAUCAGUCCGUCGUGAAAUUCAACCGAACGUAUUUCCAGAAGGAACACAUUGGCAAUCAUUACCUUCUAUGACGAACGAUCCUAUUCAUAUCGGUGUUAAUACAGAACUAUCGGUACCUUCGUCUAUACGUAAUUUUCCUUCAGAGCUGUUACGUUAUGUAUCUGUCUUGAAUGCAAAACAAGGAUUUCGGCACGUGUCGGUCGGGCAUGUACCCGGCCAAGUUUGGGCGAUAUCGGGAGCUGGAAUUGUAUGUAAGAGGAUUGGUAUUACUGAAGAAAAUCCAGCUGGUUCUGGUUGGGCUACUGGCAUAGGGGCCAACUGGCAGCAUAUAAGCGUUGGAGGUCUUGCUAACAAAACUAAUUAGAUGUCGUGUCGUUUGCGGACGACAGCUUGGCUUUCAUUAAAAAUUGCUACAACGUCCCUUCAUAAUAUACAAGAAUUGCAAGAUUCCAAGUCAUUGUCAUUUAGUUAAUGCUUGUUUUUAAUAAUUGGUCCAAAGAAAUACAAAGAUUUAUAUUGACUGUAAAUAAUAACACUUCUGGGUAACAGUUCAAGAGAAUAUGUCAUACCUAAAUAAGCCAUCUUUAUGAUCUAGUCUAGUCGAAACAUUAGUUUAAAAUAAUUUGUUUUUACUGAAUUUUAUCUAUAUUAAAAGACAGCCGCCUGUCUUAUUGAAUGUGAGAUGUGCAGAGAUUAGAUGAGGCUCUGCCUUUUCAUGAAAAACAUGUGAUUGUAUUGUAAUAUAUUUAGAAUUAUUUUUUCUAAAGAAUAACCUAAUAGUCAAAGACUUUAUACUCUUUUUAUAAAUCAAAUUAUCGAUUCAAACAAGUUUUACUAAAUACUUUUGUUUACUAUUUAGAUAUUAGAACACGAAUCUUGGAAGAAUAUAGAUCAUGUAUUUAUGUAAUGCACUAGGCUGAAUCGUGUUUAGAUUUACUCGAAGGUAUUUUCUAAUUUCCAAGAUAUAAUUUAUAGAUUAUAUUUUUUUUCUAUUUAUACACGAUAUUCUUUCAUAAUCAUAGUGAAAGUUAAAUUUCAUGUAUAUUACUUCUUUAUAUUACAGAAGUACAUUAAAGAAUUAUUUUAUUUCUAUUACUAAAACAAUCAAUAGGAAAAAAGUAGCAAUGCAUUUAUUAUUAUUCGAGUCUGAUUUUUCGUAUUAUAUUUACAUUAUUCUUUUUCAAUGAAGCAUCGAAUAACAAGUAGUCAGUGAUGAUAUUUAUGUAAGAUUUUGAAUUCAUGAAAUUAUUGAAAUAAAUUACCAAUAUUAUAUGCAUGGUUUAUUUAAACACUCAACAAUGUCUUAUUUAUUUUGCUGGCAUAAUAACAAGUUAUAGUACACAAAUAAUAAAAACACUUUUAAGUACGUUUUUAAUGAAGAUGAAUGAUAUAGCGUUUACUGUACUAAAAUUUAUGAACUGAUUAAACGUGCGCGUAUGUUUCGCAGUAUGUGUUUAAAAUCUAUUAAAUCGUUGAUAAAAAACAUUGUAUUUACAUGGCAGGCUUUUUUGUUUGCGCGAUGUGUUAGAGUAUAAAAUAAUAAUGAUCAGGCACAGCCCAUAAUCGAGAGUCUUGCUACAAUAUUCCUUAUAGG